UGGACUAUCCCAAAUAUUGUUGUCUAUCAUCCUUAUCUGUGUCCGUCCUCUCAUCAUCAUCCUCGUCAUUCUUCUUCUUCUUCUUCCUCCACACCACAGUCCAACCAAAAAGAUUACUCCUUCAAAACACAGAGGAUUUGUUAGCUAUUUGGAUUCAGUAAAAUGAGAAUGUCAGGGAUUGAUUUUCAGCAAUUGAAUGGAAACCCUUACAGCUUUGUCGCCUAAUAUUAUUUGGUUCAGCUAAUUGUUCUUUUCUGCAUUUAAUUGGAAAGCGUUUAUCAUUAUUGAUGCUUAAUGUUUUAACAGUACCCUCUUUUAUGAGAGAGGAACAUUUAAGUAGAACUGGUAUCAAAAAUUUAAAGCGUCAUCUUAAUGCUUAAUCUGCCUGGACGAUUGCUUUAAUUUGAGCUAAUUUUUGAUAUGUCAUUUGGCAGAACAUGACCAAGUAACAUGGAGAAACUGUCUGUUGAAUUAGAGAAAGACAUGAUGGACUAUGUAGCUUUGGAGGAUGCCACCGAAGAGUGUUGUGUUAUAGAAGAUGUUGAAGUUCCCAUGGUUUUGGAUGAUACAAACAAGGACGAUUUAUCUACAUGUUUGGCUGGUGGAAUCACACAACCAACCACGGACCUGGAAUUUGUUUCUGAAGAUGACGCCAGGAACUUUUAUAAUUCUUAUGCGAAGCAAAUGGGAUUUAGCAUUCGGGUGAACUCGUACUAUCGUUCAAAAAAGGACAAUUCAAUUAUUUCAAGGGAAUUUUGUUGUUCUAAAGAAGGUUUCCGCAGGGAUAAGCGAGCAAGAAAGAUGGAUUCUAGUGAUGAUGCAAAAAGAAGGAGAGCCAGACCUAUCACAAGGGAAGGCUGCAAGGCAAUGAUGACCGUUAGGAGGCGAGAUUGUGGAAAAUGGUAUGUUGCGAAAUUAGAGAAAACUCAUAAUCAUGAGUUGGUAACUCCAGCUAUGAGACAUUUCCUGAGAUCUCAUCGACUGGAAAAUGAGCCACAGAAAAGCUUGAGUAGUAAUUAUGAAUCACCAGAAAUCAGUACAAAGAAUACAGGGAAUCUCUUCACGGAGGAGUGUGGAGUGAUCAACAAAAAUGGGUUUCCCACUCAAGGCGAAACUAAUUUUAUUGGGAAAGGACGGCUAAGCACCUUUGGUCUAGAUGCACAAAGUCUUCUAGGGUUUUUUAAAAUUAUGAAAGCAAAUGAUCCUGCUUUCUUUUAUGCAAUACAGGUAGAUGAUGAAGACCGUCUGAGCAGUGUUUUCUGGGUCGACACAAGGUCAAGAAUUUCUUACAAUUGCUUCUCUGACGUGGUUGCUUUUGACUCAACAUACCAAGUAAAUCAAUAUAAAAUGUCGGUUGCUCCAUUCACAGGAGUAAAUCAUCAUAAACAGUCCAUAUUGUUUGGCUGUGCAUUGCUUGCGGACGAGUCUGAGUCUACCUUUAUCUGGCUUUUUAAGACAUGGCUCGAAGCAAUGUCCGGUCGGCAACCGGGAUUAAUAAUAACAGAUAAUGAUAUAACCAUAAGAACUGCUGUUGAGAGAGUUUUCCCAGAAUCUUGCCAUCGAUAUUGCAAGUGGCACAUCCUGAGCAAGAUGCCUAGAGAAAUGGGACAGGUCUACAGUGCACUUCCAAAGACAUUUCAAACUGAGCUCGAUAAGUGCGUUAACAAGAGUGAAACUGGUGAAGAGUUUGAAUUAGCUUGGAGUUCACUCCUUGAUAAGUAUAGUCUUCUGGGUAAUGAAUGGCUUCAAUCACUAUAUGCUGACUGUAAAUUAUGGGCUCCAGCAUACUUAAGAGACAUAUUCUUUGCAGGAAUGUCAGCAACUCAACGAAGUGAAAGUGUGAACUCACUCUUUGAUGGCUAUGUCAAUGCAAGAACAACUAUACAAGAUUUUGCAGAGCAGUAUGAGAAAGCUCUGAAUGAUCGUUUUGAAAAAGAAGCUCGGGCAGAAUUCGACACAUUUUACACCAAACCUGUUCUGAAAACACCCUUGCCUAUGGAGAAACAAGCGGCAGAUAUAUAUACGAGAAAAAUCUUCACAGUUUUCCAAGUAGAAAUUUUUGAGUCUCUCGUUCUUGCGGUGAAGAAGAGUGUGGAUGAUGGGGCAAUCACCACAUAUGAGGUAGCAAGAUUCGACGAAGAACGUAAGGCAUAUUUUGUUGCAUUUAAUGAGUCGGAACAAGUAGCUAGUUGCAGUUGCAAAAUGUUUGAAUCAGAAGGCAUUCUUUGCAGACACAUACUCGCAGUUUUCAGAGCAACAAAUAUGUUCGUUCUUCCAUCCCACUAUAUCCUGAAACGAUGGACGAGAAAUGCCAAGGACGAAGCUGUAUCAGAUCUUUUACCCCGUGUGGAAUCUCAAUCUGAUUCUCGUAAGGCAAAGAACAUGCAGUACAAUGUUUUGUAUCAAGAAGCCAUCAAAUGUGCAGAGGAAGGGGUGGCAUCAGACCAUAGUUUUAAGGUUGCAUUUAAUGCUUUACGGGAGGCAAGGUAUAAAAUACUGAAUGCGAAGAAAAAUGCUUUUGAUGCCUCUAAAGUUGUAACAGUUGUCAAUACAAAUGAUCAGAUUGAAAACAUGUUAGAUUGUCAGAUUGACAGUUCUGCAUACCCAACCACAUCUCCCAGUCUUCAACAAGAUAAUACAGAAGACUCUCCCACGAGUAACUCUAACUACAAGCUUGUACCAGAGCAGCCUGCAAGCAGCAUCGCGACCAAAUGCAGGAGUCCUGGACUCGACAGUUGUCCUUGCUUGUGGCCGAAGGAUACUGACCCAAACUCUGUUACGACCGAUCAAGAGUUAGAACCUAUCGCUAGUCAUGGGGUCCUGGAGAGCAUACCUCAAAGCUGAAAGUAUACACGUCGAUAUGAUUUAUACCUCCUUCAUUCUGUCUAUCUUCAUGGUUCUAUUUGAUUUGAGCUGGUUUUUCGGCGUUCAUAAUUAACUCUGAUGACGCCCAAAAUGUACAUAUGUGUCAACUCAUGAAAUAUCGCUAGUCGAAGUGGAUCGCAAAGUCGAAGAAAACUCCAUUUCUCAUGAAGUUGCUGAACAGAUGUUAAUGGAGGAAGAAAGAUUGGAAUCGGUGAACAUGGGAAUCUCUGAUGCAGCUGUUAUUGUAGUUUCAUUUGGUGGGAAAAGAAAUGAGCAGCAGGGACAUUCAUUUAGUACCUUGGAGCCUGCUAAGGUUGUUUGGCGUUCAUCAUUACGACUGUUGAGGCCCCCAGUUUACAUGUGGCAAGAAACCAACCCUAUCUUAUGAAGAAAAGGGUGUCCAGUUCUUGCAUUUUUGUCGACCUUAAUGAGUUUCCUUGUUCACUUUCCAAGUCCAGUAGAUGUGUAGAUAGAGAGAUUUUGUACUAUAUAAAAAAUUUCUUGAGUAUUCUUGCAUCCACUGUAAGUCAAAUUGUAAUUUGCUCCUAUGUUAACACAUGCAUAGCCAAAAUCAUCUCAUGAAGUAUCCAAUUCUAAGGGGAUGGAAAAGUUGAAGAAAACUGCAUUUGGAAAAGUUUAAGAAAACUGCAUUCCUCGUGAAGUUGCUGAAAGGGUGUUAAUGGAGGAAGAAAUAUUGGAAUCGGUGGCUAGUCUAAACUCGGGAACCUCUGACACAGCUCUGAUUGUAGUUCCAUCCGGUGGAAAGAUAACGAGCAGCAGGGACAUUCACCGAGUACCUUGGAGCCUGCUAAGGUAAUCCUUACUUCCAUUAAAUCUCUCCUCUUACUUAACCUAGUUUCUCUUCUAUUUAUUUUUAGUCAUCUUGUUGCUCUUUCAGAUCGCCUAAAUUGCAUUUUCCAUAUUAAUACCAAUAGUCAAACAUCUAGUUUAUUAUAGUUGUAACUAUCCUGCCAGAAUAUCUCCUGCUAUGCUCUUGUAUACGAUUCAUAAAAUUUUAUUGCUCCCUCUCACGCACGCUUGAUUGCUAUGCUAUCACUUUCUUUUUGUCUCCUUA